CGUCACCAUUCCGAACGUUGACCCAGGCGGGCUGAGCGAGCCCCGAGCUGGGAGGAGAGUGCGGGCUCCAUGGGAAUGAGACUGUGUGCCUGGCACGAUCGGCAGCGGCAUGGCCAGCCCGAAACCCUCAGCCAGCCGGCGGGCACCGAGCACGGCAGCAGGGAGGCAUUGAUCCCCGUGCAGAGCCAGUGCUGUCACAGUGAUUGCAUGAAAAGCGGCAUGGGGACCCCCGCCUCUGUAAUAAGCUCACCAUCAGCUCCGUGGCAGACGCCAGAGCCACGUGCUCGGAAAAAGGCUUCUGCUAAUAUUUUCAAAGACAUAGACCUUGUUCAGAUACAGACUCUCUUCCGAACGAGCGGGGACGAUUGUGCGGAGGAAAGAGCCAGGAUAAUAUGUAAUUAUGCCGGGGAUAGGCGCAUUGCCGAUGCAUUGAACAAGCUGCGGCGAAAGAAAAGCAGUAAAAGGUUCCAUCAACCCGGACCCAAACUGAGCAAUGAUCGCAUUGGAACACUAUCUGUACAGCAUUUCAGUAAACUUUGCAUUAAUGAAACUGGCCACAGAGGAAACACCUCUACAGAGGAAGAUUCUGAUCAGCCAGCUGCCGCCGAGGAUGCGAAUGAGACUAGCGAAUAUAAGAAAAGUGCAAUGACCAGCCGCAACCCCAAAAACCUAAGGAAUCAGCCUCAGAGGCGAAUAUCGGACUAUUUGCACCAAAUUAAACGAUGAUCUGGAACUCUACAAUAUCAUCCAUCAUAUUAAAAGUCUUUAUGCUGCUACCACCAACUGCAAUAAAACUGUGGGUGCUGCAAAAAGAGAAAAAUGUUAAGAUGCUUCCAUUUUUUGUUAUUAGGUCAUCACUUGAAAUGUUAGGAGAGGAGCCUUUGCUGGAUAACUGUGUAGUCUUCAAAUGGGGAAAAAUAAAUCCUUUCAGGAAAGGUUAAUGCUGGGUGAAAACACUGAAGUAACAGAUGAGGCGUGCAAAUACCGGCAUGGGAAUAAUAUCUUCUGCAACCAAAGAGUCCUCGACCGUUGCUCUUUGCAUUUCAAUCAUUUACACUGACGUACAAUGGCUGCUGUAAAUCUAUUAAGAAAAGAGGAAAUGAGACAUUGG